GGUUCGGUUUGUUGUGUUUUCCUACAUUCAUCAUGGCUGCUGAGGGCGAUUUUCUGGCGAGAUACCGUGCUGUGUCAAAUAAACUGAAAAAACGGUUUCUCCGGAAGCCUAAUGUAGCGGAGGCGAGUGAGCAAUUUGGUCAGUUAGCCAAGGAGCUGAAGCAGCAGGACUGCCUGCAGUAUGCUGCCUUCUGUAACCUGGCCAUGGCUCGGUGUGAGCAGACUCUCUUUAACGCUCCCGGAGAGGCUCUGGCGUUAACUGAUGCCGCCCGCCUCUUUCUCUCAUCUGAGAAGGAGAACAGGGCGCUGCAGGCCCCGGGCUUUGAUGAGCACCUUCAGGCUGCACUCAACUGCUACAGUUUUGCCAUCAAGGUGUACAUUGAGAUGAACCAGCCGGUGAUGGCAGCCAGCCUGUGUUUAGAACUUGGCAACGCACUCAAGGAGAUGAACAGACCAGGAGAAGCCAUUGUGCAUUACCAGAGGGCUGCAGAGUUGCAGACACAGACGCCAGUCGAAGCUCUGCUGUCAAUGGGCGAAAUGGCCACAUGUAAAAUUCUCACCCGUGACUACGACGGUGCUCUGUCGGUGUUCACAGAGAUGCAGCUGAUGUGUCAGGAGAGAGGACUGCAGCUGCCAGGCACCAGCACCCCUGUUGGUGCAUUUUUGGACAUUGUGGCAAAGUGUGAGAUCUCCAGAGUACUACUGCUGAUGCUGCUUGAGCCUCCGCCUCAGAAGCUGUUACCUGAACAUGCUCAGACCCUGGAGAGAUAUGCAUGGGAGUCUUUUGAUCCUCACAGCCAAGUGACCUUCCUGCCGGAGAAUGUUUUCCUGCUCUUGCAGUCAGUAGUGAUGGCAUGUCAGGAGAAAGACACAGAGUCCCUCAAGGCUCUUCAGACCGAGCUAUGGCCGUUUCUGACUGCUGAGCAGAAUCAUCUUCUCCACCUGGUGGUUCAAGAGCGCAUCACACCGUCUGGACAAGGCAUUUAGCACCGUCCAGUUUUACUCACUUCCUCUGGGAACGAUACUUUAUAUAAUGGAACAUUCCUGUUUCUGACUGGGUCUGUUGUAAGGCCUGAAGAAGUGCUGUUUUCAAAACCUCAGUGUUGUAAGUUGCAUGCAAUAGAAAACUUUGCCCUUAUUAAGCAAAGUCACACAUUUAGAAACCAGUGAAAAUCCAAUAGCGUUUUUAAGUGUUGUUAUCAUCCUGAUGUGUAAUAAUGACUGUUUUUUGUUUUUGUUGCAUUUACUGCAGUUGAACAGAUGAAACAUGAGAUUAAUAAUUUCUUUUAUUAAUAAAUGAUAUGGCUUAAAUUCCAAUGUAAUUACAAACAAAACCUUCUAUUGCAUAGUUAUUAUGAAAUAUGGUGAAAUGAAACACCAUUGUCCUCCAUCCCUGGUUCACUUAUGUUCACUUGUACACAUUGCAUGUACAUUUCUUAUGAUAGCAGCCAACUACAGACACAAAAUCAAACAUGGUUAAAAAAAAAAAAAACACUCAGUACAAAAUGUUACAAAAAUAUAA